AUGGAUGUGGUGCUGGGCGAGUUGGCUGCGGAACGCGAUGCAGGGUGUGCUUUGGAGGCGGAGAGGCGGCUGUGGAACGUGCUUGCGCUCCUGUCCCCGCACGUCACAACAAUCACAACAAUCACAGCAGCAGCAACAGCAAGGACACCAGCAUCAAUAGCAAAGGUAAAGUGGUGCGCGCAGGCCAUUGCACGUGCUUUCGUGUACCUGCUGCCAUACCUUCGCGUGCGCCAAACGCUUGCUGAGGAGUACUUUGGCCUCUUCUGCCAACGCCGCAGCGGCGGUGAUGCAGCCUCAAAUGCCCCUCUACCACUGCGCCUCGGCAUCGUUGGCAUCCUGCUCACGUUUCAGCCGGCGCUGCUGUCCGCGCUUCGACGCCAAUGUACAUGUUGA